AUGCCCGCCUUCAGCGGCAUGCCCUACAAACUCCAAAUGAGACCACAGAGCAAGUUUGAGCAUGUGGUGUUCAGCUCCCUGUCUGUGGACUUCAAGAUGACAGAUUUGAACAUGUACCGUCUGGCCAAGCUGCGUCUGGCCAAGCUGCGGCAAGACUUGCAGGUGAAAUAUCAUCAGACCAAUAAUGGGGUAUUAGAACUGUGCGAGCGUCUGUACAGACUGUGGGAGUGUCUGGAUGAAGACCAGAUAUACAGAGACAACUUCCUCAAGGCGCACCCUGGCUGCCAUGCAGCCACUGAAGCUGCCAUCAAGGAGGAAAUCAAGUGUUGCGAGAAGAUUCAGGUGUUGGUAGCGAAUGUGCGCACAGAAAUCAAGCACAUGUGGGACAACAACUCGAGCCAGCAGCAAGAAGAGUUUGUCCACUACUACCAGGACAUCUUCAAUGAAGAAACCCUCCGGAUACAUAAAAUGUAUCUGGAUAGGAUUACUAACUACUACAAUGAGCACAAGCCCAUCUUCGAGCUGGUGGCGGCGCGCAGGAAGCUGUGGCUGAAGCAGGCCGCGCUGGACGCGCGCGUGGCCGAGCCCGGCCGCCUGCACAACCGCGGCGGGAACCUGCUCCGCGAGGAGAAGGAGAGGAAAGCUAUCGAAGUCAAUCUCCCGAAAAUUGAGACCCAAAUUCGCGAAAUAGUAACAGAGUACGAGGCGAAAUCCGGCAAUACCUUCAUCGUGGACGGAGUACCUCUACUGCAGCUUAUCGAGGACGAAAAGGAGUCGAGGAUAGCUGAGCGGCGCAACAAGGUGUCGGCCCGCAAGCGGGCGCGGGCGCAGGCGCAGGCGCAGACGGGCGCCGCCGCGUCGCGCGCGCCGUCCCCGCGCGCCCCCGCCCCGCGCGCGCCCUCCCCGCGCGCCGCCUCGCCGCCCGCCCCCUCGCCGCCCGCCAGGCGCGGCCGCACCGCCGACAGGCACAGGACUGUUGUUGCCAACUGCUGGGCGAGCGCGGUGGACGUGUUGACCGCUCAGCCCAACCAGCGAGUCAGCGGCCGGCUGGCCACGAAGGCCCUCGUGGCGAAGGCGGAGGGCGCCGGCGCCGCCCGCAGCGCCAACAGGAACCUGGAGUACGGAGCCGACGCCCCGAAGACGCCCAAAGUGAGCGCCAGCAUACUUCGGCAUAAGCGCUCGUUAGAAGUUUCUGUACUGAUUGUCAAUCUCCCGCAUGUCGUCGUGAAUGUUCGUCGGUCGUUCGGGUGGCGGGUCGUGGGUCGUGGGUCGUGGGUCGCGGGUCGUGGGCUGUGGGUUGCGGGCAGUGCGCGCUGUGCUCUGACGAAGUUUGCCUCCCGCCAGUCCGUCGGGCCGCGGCGCCGCCCCGCCGCCCCCGGCCGCGCGGCGGCGGGCGCCUCGAACAGGAACCCGCUGGACACCACGUCAUACGCUGAUUUCAAGAAGGGCAUUGAUGAGAGGAGCGAAGGCCACAGCUCAAUAUUACAGAGGCUCCCAAACCGCAUCCCCGUGAUUGUGUGCGACGCGUUCGAGGAGACUCAAGAUGACAGUCCAAUUAAUUCGGCGCCCAUGAGUCCAAAAACGGGGAAGGAAAAUAAGCGAGGCGCUGUAGCAGCAACACCUGAUCUCGUAUGCACUCCCACUAGGCUUACGAGAUCAGCAUUAGAACUGCGGACGAGCGACAGCCCCGCUGCUUCCCGCGCGCCGCCCAGGUGUCAUUCCACCAACAACCUGGCUCGUAAAAACACCCCGACCGAGUGAAAUAGCCUUUUAUUUUAAUUAAUUCCGUACCUGAUAUAGAUACCAAAUAUAAAACACAUACAAAGUCACGUACAAAAUUUCAUAUGUAGACAUGUACCAUCUUAUUCAAUAGAUACACAGUUGUAUAUCUAUUGAAUAAGAUAGUACAUGUCUACAUAUGAAAUUAUGCACUGAACUUAACUAUGGAAAUGGCGUCUGGACGUCGUUAUUAUUGCAAUAGAUUAUAAAAUAUUGUAAACUGCUGAUAUUUUUUUACUCUUACCUUCUGACUACUGUUUGAUGUAAAUAUUUGACUCUCUUAUUAAUUUUAGAAUAAUUUAAUAUUUAUAUAAUUUUGCGCGUUUAACUAAGAGAGGUUUAAUUUGUUAAUGAGUCCAAUUAAGUUAGUUAUAUUAUAUUUAAUUUGAUGUAUAUUUACUUUAUAUUUUGAAUUGUAUGUAUUUUGGAUUAUAGAUUAAUGAUUAUAUGUGGAUAUCAUGUUCAAUUAUUUUAAUAUGUUUAUGUCAUUAUGAUCAAUUGCGAUCAACUGGAAUUGAUCGAUAAUUUGAUCUCUCGUUACAGUAAGAGCAGCUUUUUAUUAAGAUGUUGCUUCUUCAUAUAACGGUUGUAGCGUACUUAAUAUUAUUCAGUAUUCAAUGUGCAAUAUAUCUACCGAGAACCAUGCUAAGCUGUGUUCCGGCAGACUAGUCGGGUCUUAAGUAGCUUUAUUCUUUUUAAUAUUAUUCAGUAUUCAAUGUGCAAUAUUCAAUGUGCCGAGAACCAUGCUAAGCUGUGUUCCGGCAGAGUAGUCGGGUCUUAAGUAGCUUUAUUCUUUUUAAUAUUAUUCAGUAUUCAAUGUGCAAUAUUCAAUGUGCCGAGAACCAUGCUAAGCUGUGUUCCGGCAGACUAGUCGGGUCUUAAGUAGCUUUAUUCUUUUUAAUAUUAUUCAAUAUUCAAUGUGCCGAGAACCAUGCUAAGCUGUGUUCCGGCAGAGUAGUCGGGCCUUAAGUAGCUUUAUUCUUUUUAAUAUUAUUCAGUAUUCAAUGUGCAAUAUUCAAUGUGCCGAGAACCAUGCUAAGCUGUGUUCCGGCAGAGUAGUCGGGUCUUAAGUAGCUUUAUUCUUUUUAAUAUUAUUCAGUAUUCAAUGUGCCGAGAACCAUGCUAAGCUGUGUUCCGGCAGACUAGUCGGGUCUUAAGUAGCUUUAUUCUUUUUAAUAUUAUUCAAUAUUCAAUGUGCCGAGAACCAUGCUAAGCUGUGUUCCGGCAGAGUAGUCGGGCCUUAAGUAGCUUUAUUCUUUUUAAUAAACUGUCCAAGUAACAA